UUGGAGCAGGAAAGUCAUGAACCACGAUUUGUUCGAUGUAGGCAGCCGCAUUGCGGAUCGGCUCAAUAAUCGCCAUCUUGGUUCCAAAAAUUCAGUUGUGUUCAGAGCAUAUGAUACCGCAUCUUCAGGCAGUAAAGUGCCCGUUCAGCUGGUUUUACCAUGGCUUCUGGCACUGACCUGACCUUGGGGGAUGACCCCAUUGUGGGCCCCAUUGACGGGAGAGAGAUAUCGGCACCUCUUCAUGUUCAGAGGAUAGAGCAUGCCCUCCGACUGGAACCCCUUCUUGGUUAUGUUGAUAAUCUUCUCAAAGUUCCUUUGGCAUUCGGGGAUAUUGAAGAGUCCACCACAGAUGCAGACACUGACAACAACCAAGGCUCCGACACUGAGGCAGAGGGAGUGAAGAUAAUCAACGGCAUCGUUACUACAAAAGCAGAGCGGAAGGCUGACAAAACAAGACUGUACAACUUUAGCAAGGUGAAAAAGAACCGACGAUGGCUCAAGAACAUACUGCUGAGUGACAGCUCCUCAGAUGAUGAUGAGGAUGCUCCAGUGCCCCAUGAGCAGCUCCGCGAAAUGCUCAAGUUCCAUAAGUACCAACGCAUGUGCCAAGCAGACUUCUAUAAAAAUAAAGAGCAUGGCCAGUACCAGUACUACAGCAGUGGGAUGUUGUCCAAUUAUGACAAGUUCCCGGAGCAUCAGAAGUUGCUGGUCGGUCCCAAGAAGAAGGAGCAGAAGAGGCUGGAAAGAAAGAUGAAAGCCAAGUUGAAGAAACUCAAGAAGGAAAAAUAUGGAGAAGACGGAGAGAUUCUCCCCUCCAAGUUCUCACGUGGUGGUAAACAUGGCAAACAGAAGAAGCUGACUCCGGAACAAGCAGCUGUCAAACAGAGAAAGAUUUGGCUCUCGAUCUGUAAGAAGGAAGUAUCAAAGGAACAAAAACGCAAGGCUAAUGGCCGUAAAGAAAUGCUCGGUAACCUGAAGAAGGUUGCACAGCAGUGUCAGAAAGAAGCCAGACGGUCUGCUCUUCAGUCGCAGAAGACCAUGAAAGAGGCGGUGCUGCGAGCAAGAAGACUUUCUCGGGAGAUGAUGACGUAUUGGAAGAGAUUUGAGAAGGUGGAGAAAGAACAUAGGAAGAGGGCAGAGAGAGAAGCUCAAGAACAAAGAAAGAUGGACGUGGAAUUAAUGGAGGCCAAGAGACAACAAAGAAAACUAAACUUCCUGAUCUCACAAACUGAGCUGUAUGCUCAUUUCAUGGCGAGGAAACUGACGGGGGAGUCUGAUGAAGAUCGCAAUCGAAUCUUGAGCAGACUCGAGGAUGAGAGCGCUGGAAAGAAACAAUUGGAGGUUGAUGGUGGCGUCUUAAUGGAUCAAAUCAUUGAUGAUUAUGAUAGUGACCGUAUGAAGGAGCUUGCCAUAAAGAAUGCACAGGAUGCCUAUGACAAACAUACUGCUAAGACACAGUUGUUUGACAAUACUGUUGGUGUGGGGCAUCAACGCAGGUCAGGUUCAAGUGGAUUUGAUACCUUUGUGAGUACUGAUGCAGAUAGACCACAGCCGAGUAUAUUUGAAGGAGUAUUGAAGGGUUAUCAGCUGAAGGGUAUGAACUGGCUGGCAAACCUGUACAACCAAGGCAUCAAUGGAAUCCUAGCUGAUGAGAUGGGACUUGGUAAAACUGUUCAGAGCAUGGCCUUCCUGGCUCAUCUGGCAGAGUCCAGCAAUAUUUGGGGACCCUUCCUGGUUGUUGCCCCCGCAUCCACCCUCCAUAACUGGCAACAGGAGUGCUCAAGAUUUGUGCCAAAAUUCAAAUGUGUUCCAUACUGGGGCAACACGCAGGACCGAAAAAUCCUGCGCAAAUUUUGGAAUUCAUCGAACAUCCAUAGCCAGGGUGCUUCCUUUCAUAUUGUAAUCACGAGUUAUCAGCUGAUUAUCCAAGAUGUCAAGUACUUCCAGAAAAUCAACUGGCAUUACAUGAUUCUUGACGAGGCUCAGGCAAUCAAAAGCAGUGCAAGUAUCCGGUGGAAGAUCCUUCUUGGGUUCAACUGUAGAAAUCGUUUACUGCUGACUGGUACUCCUAUUCAGAACAGCAUGGCUGAGUUAUGGGCUCUGCUGCAUUUCAUCAUGCCCACUCUGUUCGAUUCCCACGAUGAGUUUAAUGAGUGGUUCUCUAAAGAUAUUGAGAGUCAUGCAGAAAAGCAGUCUGGAAUCGACCAAGAUCAACUGUCCCGAUUGCAUAUGAUUCUGAAGCCGUUCAUGUUGCGGAGGAUCAAAAAAGAUGUGGAGAAUGAGUUGUCUGAUAAGAUUGAGAUUCUUGUUUCUUGCCCUUUGACAACAAGACAACGUCUGCUCUACCAGGCCAUAAAGAAUAAGAUCUCCAUUGAAGAUCUGCUUCAGUCGGCUACGGCCAACAGUGCAUCACAGGCUCAGUCAACUACAAGCAGUCUAAUGAAUCUAGUCAUGCAAUUCAGAAAGGUGUGUAAUCAUCCAGAACUGUUUGAGAGAAGGGAGACAAGGUCAGGAUUCGCCAUGAAAAUCGAACCGUUCGAGAUACCAAAGCUGAUAUUUAGGGAUGGCAUGCUCAACACAUCACUGCCAAGUCGAGAUAAGCUUCUCUACAACUUGUUGUAUAUAUUCAACCCAGAUCAUGUACACCAUUCACUCUUCCCUCGGGAGUCGAAAGACAAAGAGGUGAAGAGUUGUUUCUCGUUCCUGAGAUUUAUCGACAUGUCUCCUAUGGAGAUGUAUAAGGAGAUGAUUGCAGGACUGUACUUCAGGUGGUUGGCUAUUUGCAUGUGGUGGAAGACAUCGUUUACGAUACACCAUCAGAUUCACUGGCAGAAGGAAAAUGCUCGAAGGUAUCUGCGGAACAAAGAGUUCCUAUUGGAACCAAUCUCAACUACAUCGGUAUCAAACAUCGCAGCCAGUCCUAAUCUUCAUCAGAUGGUCUUCACGAGCCCAGAGAGUAGCGUCUACACCCACCAGGACCACACGAUACACAGCAUUGCAGAGACGGUGUCUCAUCGGAAGAUAAGGUGGAGGAAUCUUUUGACAGCCUCAGUUGUGGCUGGGGGAUCUAGUCCUGUGAAGGUGUCCACAUCUCCCAGUAAGCCGCCUCACUCACCAACAAAGAAAUCUCAUCAUCACCACCACCAUCAAGACAAACAUCAAGAAAAACUCCCUCUCCCUCUCAGUCUAGUCCCAGAAGAACCUGUGAUCCACAAGCAUGUGCCUCGGCCAUCCCGAGUCUUCGAGUGCCAACCGACUGAAAUGCCCCCAUUGCUCUAUUACAAUAUACCUAAGGUGUAUUCCAAAGGCAGAGUUAACUUCUGCCCCGACCGAAGUGCUGAGUAUGUUCGCUUGAAGGAACAGCUGUGCGGGACACAGGAUGCCAGGAACACCCUUCUCUACGGAUCACCUGAACUUUCCCUUGCUCACCAUUAUCGUGGAUAUUACUUCAGCCCAUCACCAAUAGGGGGACUCAACUGUAUUCAGCCCAGACAUGGCUACUCCAGCGUAUUUGUUCCCAAUAAAGAGACGUUGGUCACCGAUGCUGGCAAGUUGUAUCUACUCGACACGUUACUAGGACGCCUGAAGAAGGAGGGACACAGGGUUCUGAUUUAUUCGCAGAUGACCAGGAUGAUUGACAUACUUGAGGAAUACAUGUGGCACCGCAAACACACGUACAUGCGGUUAGACGGCUCCUCCAAGAUCUCUGAUCGGCGAGACAUGGUGGCGGACUUCCAAAAUCGCUCCGAUAUCUUUGUCUUCUUGUUGAGUACAAGAGCUGGUGGACUUGGCAUCAACUUGACAGCUGCUGAUACAGUGAUCUUCUACGACAGUGAUUGGAAUCCGACAGUUGACCAACAGGCCAUGGAUCGCGCUCAUCGCCUGGGUCAGACCAAACAGGUCACCGUCUACCGCCUGAUAUGUAAGGGAACAAUUGAGGAGAGGAUACUACAGCGGGCAAAGGAGAAAAGUGAGAUACAGAGAAUGGUGAUCAGUGGUGGGGCAUUCCGGCCCGACAUCCUCAAACCAAAGGAAGUGGUGUCCUUACUGCUUGAUGAUGAUGAAAUGGAAAGUAAAUUGCUGCUUCAACAGGAGGAGAAGAAAGGUAAAGAGGAGACUGUUAAGGAGAAAGAUAGGAAGAGGAAGAGAGAGAAAUAUGCUGAAAUGAAGAAAGGCCAACCUGGUAGGAAGAAGAAGAUUGAAGAGAUACAUGUGACGACUGCAGGUCCUGAUCUUGAUUCCCUGGUCAGCGACUCCAUGUCUGGUGCUGCCAGCCCCCUUAGUGUGAUGUCAAAUGUCAGUGAAUCGAUCAGCAAUCUCAAUGUAAUGAAUGAUGACAGUAAUGAUGGCCUGGUUAUUGUUGAUGAUGCAAACACGUUCCCCUCGGUUGCCUCAUCCUCGUCAACAUCAAAGCGAGGUACCGGACGUGGCCGCGGCCGCCCAAAAGGCUCAGGACUGGGCAAGAGACCAAGGGGACGGGGCAGUGUGAAAAAAGCAAUAUCGGCCGCUGAAAUCGCUGGUGCACAGGCAGGCAUGAAAGCAGCAUAUGCAGCUUAUGGGUAUAAUUUCAAAGGUCGUGGAGGUGCAGGUUCGUCGAGAGGGACAAUGUCACAUCCACCUGGAUCAGGAAGAGGCUCCAAACCAUCAUGAUUGAAUAGGAUUGAUUUUCCGAGACUACUUAGACUCAAUGAUCAGUACCUCUCGGCCUCUCCUGCAGUUGUAUCCAUUAAUGAAGCAUACUAAGUGAGAGAAAAACCUUUCUAGAUUAUGAUAGCUGUGAUCAAUUUGGCAUGCACUACAGCACCAAAGUACUCUUAACAAGAAUCUAUUCAAUUCUAGUGCUCAGUCAGGAUGACAUUUUUCAUUUUGAAUUUCACUUUUGUUAUGUUUUUAAUCAAAACUUCAGAGCUUUAGUUUUUCAAAUUUGACCUUGUAUAAUUUUGAAUGUCUAUGCAUUUGUUAAAAGUGUUGGUAAAGUAUAUGUAGUUUGUUGUGAUAAUGUCCAAUUUAUACCAGUUGCUGUCUUAUCUCAUCAUCAGAAGGUUACUGACAAGCAAAUAUUGUUUACCAUGAUAUAUCUGCAUGAAAUUUGAUAAAAGCAUGAGAUUAUUCAAAGUUUACCAGACGAGGCACAAGGUUUUCCAUGGAAAAUAAUGUUUUAAAGACUUUUCCUUUUUGAAGAGAAGUCUGAAUAUUAUGUUGUGGUGAACUUUUGCAGAGCACUGCUGAAAGUUGCAAGAACCUUUGUUUAUUUGGUAUUGGUCAGUCAGGGGUGUUGUUAUCAAAUUGGUCUGAUUGGUGAUCAGUGUAAAAUCUGUUGGUGUUUUCCAAGCCUGGUGUUCCCUCCACUGAGUUGUGGAUUAUAUACCAUGUAAAAACAUAGUGCAGUCACACAAUUAUAUGAUUCAGGAACACCAGCUCUUGGAAACUCCGUAAUGAAAAAAGAGUGGUUAAUGUGUGUUCGAAUAAAUAUUCUUCUCUGUAUUGGUAAUUGAAGAAAAUUUAAACCAGAUAUGGUGCUUAAUCAGUGUGAGAAAAUAAGCUCAAUAAAACUAUGUUUUGUAGAAAAA